AUGGGGGGGAAGUCACUAGAAGUAAAAACCAUGGUGGGUUGGGCAUUAGGAGAGCUAGGGAGGCAAUUGUUUUCUUGGGAGGUGGACGAUUGUUUUCAGCUCAUUCAUAUACUUCAAUCCAGCCCUGCACUGAGUGAAGUAAAGGAUGACAGGCUGGUUUGGAGAGCUGAAGCAUCAGGCCUAUUCACUGUUAAGUCAGUUUAUGAUUGGCUCAAUUUGAAUCUUGGUCCAUUGCCUACUGUUCCUCGGUCAAUUUGGAAGAAUAUUGCUCCUCCAAAGAUGCAAUUCACAUGUUGGUUGGCUUGGAAGGACAGACUGAAAACAUUAGUGUUUCUACAAAACAUAGGUGUUCUUGAUCCAAAUGUUGGCCCUUUAUGCAUCUUCCAUAACUCCAAUGAUGAAGAAGUGAACCAUGUGCUUCUUCAUUGCCCAUUUGCCUGGAAAAUCUAA